GCUAAAGAAGAUAAUUGUUUAAUUAUUAUGGACACAGACGCUACAUGGAACGAAAAAAAUAUUACUUUCUCUUAUGAAGUUUUCUCUUUGAAGUAUAAUUGACAUGUACUUCUUCAUUGUAAUUGGUAGGUAGGAUUAAAUGAAGAUAAGAUUAACUUCAUUUCUACGUAAAUAUGCUCGGUAAAAAUCGCUUUCCUAAUGGUGUAUCAGGAUAUUAAUCAAAGAGCUACAGCGAAAGGUCACAACACCUUCAAGAUUACUUCUAGCAAACGAAAUGUCAGGAAAACUGAUGACGCAAUCCCGUUCUCAUCAUCGAUUCGUUUCUUAUUAUAGCCCCAAUCCUCUGUCAUUUUUCAUUACUAUCAAAUGAUAUAUGUUAGUCAGAUGAGUCAUACCAAUUUAUUAUAAAUAGCACAACAAUUUUCGAUCGAUUUAACUUGCUUAUUAAGAAAUUAAUAAAAGACCGAAGCAGAAUUUGUUCUCUCUCGUUUCGCAUUAUUAAAUCCGCGAAAAUUUACUAUCGUAAUACUUACGUUACAGAAAACCUUAUUUACUUUAUAUAUUAAUUGUUGUAAAAUAUAGAAAUAAAAAUUAAUUUUAUAUUACGAGAGAGUGAAAAUAUUUUUUUUUCUCCAGCGGAUUUCUAAUUGCAGAAAUCGCUCUGCAAAUCAUCCAAUUUCUUUGAGAAUCCUGAAAUUUGUGACCGGAAGGUUGGAUCAAAUGGUUUCGGGGGGUCACUUCGAGUAACAAUGAGAGAAAAAGGACUCCCUCCUUAGGCCGUCGUCGUCGUCCUCGGUCGAGCUUUACCGAGUACAGACUAUAGGCUCUCUUGAGUCCGAGGCGUGCGGCUUCUCUUUCUCUCUCUCUCUUUCUCUCUUCUUCUCUCUCCAUACCUUUCAUUCCCGUGGUGGAGUGGAGGCCGCAUACCUCCUUAGGAUGCAGUAUAGACCUGUCCAUUGGCUGGCAGACACCGGUUGGUUCUCUUUUCGGUCCGGAACGACGCCGACGUUCAAUGAUACCAAGAGGGUAGAAGAGACAUUUUCUCGCGCCCGUCCGUCCUUUUAUUUAGUUAUUUCGCCGCAGGUGCGACAUGCGGAUUCGACGCGAUUUCGCGAAUGCGUUUAAGUGAACACAGAUCGAAUGGUGCGCGGGAAUAUAGCAUGUGCGGUGUCGUGACACGAUGAGGUGAUAAACCGUGUUGUGCAGCGCGGUAUCUCGGAGCGACUUUGGUAGGUGACGAUGUGGACGAUUGUUUUCCUGUUGGUCUCCACGUGGUCUUCGUCAUGGGGCCAAGUGAUAAACAGGGCACCCCACUUCAUUCAAGAUGGAGACAUGGCCAGGUUGUCUGUGUCAGAGGGUGCACCACCUGGUACUCCCGUUUAUACUCUCCUGGGGGAGGAUCCUGAAGAAUCCAGAUUGCAUUACUCUAUCAGCGGCGAAUACUUCACCGUGAACAGGGAGACCGGAGUGGUGACCCUGAGGAAAGCCUUAGACAGAGAAAUACAAGAUCUCAUCGAAGUCAUUAUUAGUAUAACAGAUGAAGGUAUCGCCGGGUCGGAACCGAAUACGGUGUCCCUUCGUCGCGAAAUAGCGGUGCUCGAUGAAAACGACAAUCCACCGGUUUAUCACGGCCGGCCGUACGCAGCCAGGGUGCCGGAAAGUGCACACGUGGGUGGCUUGUUACUUCCCUCAGGCACGAUCACGAUCACGGAUCGUGAUGGUGGUGUGAACGCCGACGUUCACGUGCAAUGCGUCUCGGCGUCACGCGACGAUGACGUCUGCGAGGUCUUCAACGUUUCCACAGAGAAGCUUGCUGAAGGGAAGUACGACGUGCAGAUCACGUUGGCAAAACCGUUAGAUUAUGAGAGGAGAAAUUCGUAUUUGAUUAAUUUGCUGGCUGUCGACGGAGCCAGCGAUCCAUCGAAGAGGUUGCAGGCCAGAGCGACCGUUGCCGUCGAUGUCCUCGACGUUCAGGAUCAGCCACCUGUUUUCCUGAAUGCGCCUUACAGCGCGGCGCUUCCGGAAAACACAGCAGCCGGUCACACGGUUUUGAUAGUGCGGGCACGUGACGGUGAUACUGGUGAAUCGAGGAAUCUAUUGCUGACGCUGGAGGACGACUAUGCGGGCCACUUCGAUCUCGAGAUGUCCCGUGAUGGUGAUGUCACGGUUGGCAGGCUGGUCACGACCAACGUGUCCCUCGACCGCGAGGAUCCCAGGAUCCUGCAGAACGGCGGUAUUUACACCUUCCAAGUUAGAGCCGCCGAGCUGAUCAACAAUGAAAUACCGGCUGACACCGCGACGUCGAUCGUCACUAUCGUCGUCACAGACGUGGACGACCUCGUGCCCACUUUCAAUGAGGAUUACUUCAGCAUCAAGAUCUCCGAGGACAUUGGAAAAGACACUCCUCUACCAGGUCUAAAUAUGAUUGUGAACGAUGGCGACGUGGGCGACAAUGCAAAGUAUUUCCUGGCGUUGCGAGACGUACCGCGAUACCCUGGAAUCAGCAAAGCAUUCAUUGUUAGUCCCGAAGAGGCUCAGGGUCGAGUACCGGUGGUGAUCAAGGCUAAGGAUGUCAAUGUUCUCGAUUACGAUGUUGACAAUCCUGCAAAGCGAGAAAUUGAGUUUGACGUCAUCGCGACUGUAGCGAGCGAAGUGGUAGCCACUUGCAGAGUGCACAUUCAGCUGAUGGACGCCAACGACCACAGCCCCGAAUUCUCUCGGUCGGUGUACAAACUGUCGAUCUCGGAAGACGCGGAACCCGGCACGCGUUUCGGUGACGUUUACGCAAAGGAUUACGACAGCGGUGCCUUUAGCAAGUUGACUUACACUCUGCGUGGUUUCGGCGCGGACAAGUUCAGGACCGAUUCGCGGACGGGCGGGAUAUUCGUGGCGAACAAACUGGACUACGAAGCCCAGAAGUCUUAUUCCUUGACGAUGGAGGCGACGGACGGCGGCGGUCGUGUGUCUGCCGUUAACAUUCUUAUUGAACUCGAGGAUGUUAAUGAUAACAAGCCGACGUUUGAGCAACCGGUGUAUUCCAGGACUGUUCGCGAAGAUGCCACUAGCUUUGAUCCGCAGAUGUUCGUCAGGGCGACCGACGUCGAUGGACCGAUGCAAGGCAACGGGAAGGUCGUGUAUUCGAUUAGCCGGCACAACAGUAUGACAGAUGACGUCUUCAAGAUCAAUCCGGACUCGGGUGAGGUAACUAUGUCGAAACCGGUUCGUUCUGGAGAUACUGAAAGGGGCAUUUACGAAUUAACGAUUCGUGCGACUGAUACCGGCAUACCGCCAUUACAUUCCGAGGCAAAGCUUUUCAUUCGCGUCGGUGUUCCUGGGAACCAGAAACCAAUCUUCCGAGGAAACUACAAGUCAAAUCUGCCAGGCCCUAGUUCUUAUCGGGCGAGGCUUUUGGAAAACGCAUCUCCCGGAACGGAAGUCAUUCGGGUGGUCGCCAACGAUCCCGACGGAAGAGAUAAUUUGCUACAGUAUUAUAUCGCGUCCGGUUCUAAGGAUAAUUUCGUUAUUGAUUCCAGUUCUGGCAUCAUAACUGUCUCACCUGACGCACGUUUGGAUUUGGAGACUGGUGGUGAAAAAUACGAGGUGAUUGUGUACGCCGUUGAUUCGGGUACACCUGUUAAGGAAACUGCCACCACUACCGUGACGGUGAACAUCAUAGACGUGAACAAUAAACCGCCGAUAUUCAAUGAAUCAACGUACACUGUUCAUGUCUCGGAACGCGCAGCCAUUGGUGAACUUGUAUUGAAGGCAGUAGCAAUUGAUCCCGACGCAGACGCAUAUUUAGAAUAUUCUUUGGUGGAACCGAUAAAGGCUGUGGAUAAGACCGGCGUGGCCUUGAAAAGCACUACCUCUUACGAUUACAAAACGGCGUUUCGAAUAAACUCCACGACCGGUGUAAUAACUGUAAAUCGAAUGUUAGAUUAUCAAGUAGCUGCCGUCAUAAUACUGACGGUGCAGGCGAAGGACUUGAAUGCCGUCGUCGCUAAAGAUGAGCAGAUAGCAAAGGUGGAAGUGAUCAUUUACAUACAAGCUUAUAGCGAUGACAAUCCGACAUUCACCAAUUCUGGGUGGUCACCAAACAACCCGACGAUAAGAAUCACGGUACCGGAAGAACAACCCUUGGGCACGACUUUGUUGAUGUUGUCGGCGAAAGAGCCGACGACGGGAUAUUCGGUUCAAAGGUUCGAAUUGGUGAGAGAAGAUGAUGACGAAGGCUACGUUAAUGUGGGCGUUCAGAGCGGUAAUGUGGUGCUGAGCAAGAGGCUGGAUUACGAAGAGCUGAAUCAGAAGUUUAUUCGCUUUAAAGUACGAGCACUUGCCAGAGAUUACGAUAUAACACGAAAGAUGUCAGAGGCUAACGUGAUCGUCGAAGUUCACGAUAUCAACGACAACAGUCCCGUUUUUGGACAAAAGGAUUACAAGAUCUCUGUAUUGGAGUCAGCUAAACCUUCAAAAAUCGUGUUGAAUGUGCAAGCAGUGGAUAUGGAUAGCUCCAAAACCGAACAAGAAGUCCAAAGAGGAUAUGGUGAAGUGAGAUAUUCUUUAACGGGCGAGAACGCCAAUCUCUUUGAAGUGGACCCCAUAAUGGGCAAUAUUCAGAUUGCCGCAAACACGACUCUCGACAGGGAGAGACAAUCAGUGUUACGUUUUUAUGUCGUGGCAUCAGACAUGCCCCAAGGUGGAGCUGAGCAACGAAGCAGUCGAGCCUUAGUAACGAUCGAUGUCCUCGAUGUUAACGAUAACGCUCCUAGCUUUGAACAGGAAUCUUACACCGCGGUGAUUCCGGAAAACGCGCCGGUUGGAAUCAGUGUGGUGAACAUCACAGCUACUGAUCCGGACGAAGGUCAAGGCGGAACGAUCCACUUCGAGAUCAUCGACGAAGGUGAAGCUAAUGGUUUGUUUAAAAUAAAUCAUACGACGGGUGAGAUUUACUCGGCGCGAGCAUUGACGGGUAAAGGCAGGACCGAACCAUACGACAUGCGAGUGCGAGCGCAAGACGGCGGCGAGUCAACUCUGUACUCGGAUGUGAGCCUCACCCUGUACAUCGGCGAUGUGGUGAGCAACGACGGUGUACCUCUGUUCAUCAGGCCAACGUUGGAGGAGGUGGCCUACAUCGCGGAGAACUCCACCGUUGGUAGUCCUGUGUUCCAAGUGGUAGCGUCCGAUCCCGACGAUCCAAAUUUGCCGAAUGGCAGAAUCACCUUCCGUUUCUUGGAAGACGGUAAUUUUGGCAAGGAUGCGAGUGCCUUCAGGAUCAACAGCGACACUGGCUUAAUCAGCACACGCAAGUUACUCGAUCGAGAAACCAAAGACAGCUAUACGUUGAUCUUGGUAGCGCAGGAUCUCGGCGAGCCGCCUCAACAGGCGACGAGGGUGCUCCAGGUGAUCGUGAACGACAUUGACGAUCACAAGCCGCACUUUAAACGCAACCUAGAUAGUCCGCCGAUUGAGCUCAACGUUCUGGAAGAAGUGCCGGUGGGUUCCAAAGUCGGCGUGAUCGAAGCUAUCGAUGAAGAUAUCGGUGAAAACGGAAUGAUCGGCUAUGAGAUCGUGUACGGGAACGAGGCGGGGCUGUUUUUGGUGCAACGGAUGGAAAAUAAUUCCGCGAUCAUCAAAGCGAAUGGUCGUCUCGAUCGGGAAACUGCCGAGUCUCACUUGCUGACCGUCAAGUGUUUCAAAUACUCUUCCAAGAAGUCAGACGUCGUACCGAAACCGUACAACAGGCAGGACCCAUCGGAGAGGCAGGUACUCGUCAAAGUCCUGGACAUCGACGAUAAUAAACCGCGCUUCAAGAAAGACAACGUAACUCUGGGAGUUCGCUUAAAUGUGCCGAUCGACACCAGCCUAAUCACCCUAGAGGCCUAUGAUGCCGAUUCCGGCGCGUUGCCCAUCAACUACAAUAUGAGCAAGGUGUCUUUCACGUCUCUGGUUGACCCCUCCAUGUCGCACAAGGAAAUACCGUCGCAAGUGUCCCUGAAUGCGCGCACUGGCGAGCUUAGGACGACGGGUUCCAUGGCGGGAUACGCGGACGGCUUCAUGGAGAUGAUUGUAUCGGCGAAUAACUCUGUGACGCCGGGAGGCGAGACUAAUAUUACUGUGCGGAUUUUCUUGUUGCGCGAUCGCGACAUGCUGAAGUUCGUGUUUUCGAAACCGCCGGUUGAAGUCAGGAAGACAUUAGAGGACUUCGAAAAGGCAGUUCAACAGGCUCUUUCGUUGCCUAUCAGUGUCAAUGUCUACGACACGCAAUUCUACUCGAAGGAGGACAACUCUCUGGAUUUUUCUUCGACCAGUUCGUGCUUCCAGAUGGUCGGCAAGGAGUCUUACGACCUGAACGAGAUGCGAUCCUUGCUGACUGACCCGAGGAACAAAGAAUUGAAGAAAGUAUAUAGGACAUAUCACGUAGAGAAAGUGCAGCAUUGUGCAGCCGUGGUAGCCCGCGCUGAUGCCUCUAUGACGCAAAUAUGGGUCCUGGCCAUCGCAGUCCUCGUCGGAAUCGCUACCAUAAUCUCCAGUUGUACAUUGUGUUGCAUGCAUGCCAGAUAUAAACGACACGUGAAACACGCGCGUUUGCGUGAUCAACCGCGACCACCUCUGAGUUACGUGUCCUCUGGGCCAGCCAUGGUCAGUUCUGGAUCUCACACAACUUUGGGUCCUGGCACGAUGGUCACACUGGGCCCACAUGAAGGCCCGUACGAAUGGGGCGCUGACACGACACUUUAUCAUCCGAGUACGCUAGGUUCGAGAACGUAGUGAUUCAGGGAAACAUCAGAGAAUGCCUCCACAAAUUAUAUUAAUUUUUUUCGGCUGAAAAUAAUUGAUGUUAAAUGAUUUAGUUAUUAAAUAGAAAUUCUGUAAUGGCAUAUCGAACAUUUACUCUAAAAUUAAUUAAACAGAAAUUUUGUCUUUAGUAUUCUUAGAAACAGUGAUUUUACUAAAACUUUUUAGAGAGCGAUUUUCUGUGUAUGAUCCCAAUAAACUUUACAGACGAAUGAAGUGGAGUGAAAGGUGCAUCGAAAGUUAAUAAAAACCUAUUAACAAUAUGUAAUUUAUGAACUUGCAGUUAAAGAAGAGAUCGAAAGAAAAAAUCGUGGUGCUAUACUCGCAAUGUAAAAAGUAUUGUACGAUUUAAGACAUGAGCAAUGUAAUGAAGCAUAUGAUUUGUAAAAUUUGACUAUGUAUUAGUAGCUUUAAGAUUAGACUAAUAGUAUAUAAUUAUACAAGUAUAGUAUAAGUAAAACAUACAAUUAUAAGCUGAAGGAUUUGGAGCUAUAUAUUUUACUUAUACUAUGAUUGUUUUAACUUGAGCUUCAACAAGCAGCUUCAAGUGCGUUCUCUGUUGUAAUAUAAUGUAAGACAAAAUAAAGUUGUACAUUUUAGCCGACAAUAUA